GCACAGCCACCAGAGCCACCAUUACCGCCACCAGCAGUCCACCACCACCGUCCCCAUCUGCAAUUCAGUACACAACUAGAGUACGAUAAUCGAUGUCCCCAAAGAAACUCCAUCAAUCUCAAAUGCCGGUGGCCAAGGCUGCCUUAGCCCCAAAUAUUCCCGAAGAACUCACAGUCGACAUACUCUUACGUCUUCCGGCGAAAUCCAUCGGUAAAUUCAGGUGCGUCUCGAAGCCAUGGCGAUGUCUACUCUCCGACCCACUAUUCAUCACAGCCCACCUCACUCUUCAUCUCUGUUACCCCCAAAAACUCAUCUUGUUUUCUUCGUCCCCUGUUCUUCCCUCUUCACGCAGCAUCUACACCCUAACUUUCACCACCGCUGACAAGCCUGGUUCCGAAGCCGUUUUGGAAAAGCUCACCCUUUCAGAGAACAUUUUAGAGAACCCAUCUUCGAAGUACGCCUCAAUUGUCGGUUCUUGCAACGGGUUGGUGUUGGUGUUAGGAUUCAGAAGGGAGUUAGGCUUACGGGAUACCAUGUAUUUGAUAAACCCUACAACCAUGGAGGUAGUGAAAUUGGCCGCUAGCCCUUUGGUUCGGAAGGCUGUUCUAAUUGGGGGUGCUUUGGGUUAUGAUAGCUCUAAUGAUGAUUACAAGAUCGUUACUGUCUCGUGUGAUGAUUCCACAGGGAAUGAAACUUCUGUUGAUGUUUUUAGUUUGAGGAGUGGAUCGUGGAAGAGAAUUAAUAGUUUGCCUUAUCAUCUUAAUUUUUGUUCUUGGGUUUUCUUGAAUGGUGCUAUACAUUGGUUGGCUUGCUCUGAUUCUGAUUCUGAAGAUUAUUCAGUAAUAGCUUUUGAUUUGACUAGCGAGAAAUUUGAUCCAGUGCCAAUUCCCAGAGGUGAAUUUGAUCCUAUUAAGCUUGUAGAUUUAGGUGGAUGUCUUGCAAUUGUUGUGAAGCAAACAUAUCAUCAGAUGGAUAUUUGGGUGAUGCAGGAGUAUGGCAUUGGACAAUCGUGGACUAAGUUUAGUGUUGCUACACCUAACUCCUUUUAUUUGAAUAAAGUUGUUUGCCUAUUGGGGGAUGAUAAUGUUGUUGUUUUGAAUGUUGAGGAACAGAAAUUCGUUGUGCAUAACUUGACAGAGAACACUAGGAGGGAUAUGGUGGUUGCCGGCAUUGGGGGUCACUUGAGACAACUUAUUGGCUUUUCUGAGAGCCUUGUGUCGCCUAUUUACUACUGUCAGAAUUGGAGAGCAACAUAAUCUUGAGGGUUGACGGUUCAUUAUAAGGCCAUUUCUUAGACACAUACAGUAGGAAUAUAAUGCCGCCUCUCACUUCAAGAUGGAGCAACAUACAGUAGAUGUUGGUUUUCACCUGAAGAGGACGCUCACUGCCUUCAAGGGAGGAAUGUAAACUGCUAUUUGCUUUGCGUACAAUCGUCUGCACCCCUUGUUAGUUGCCUGCCCUCAAGUGCAAAUAUUGCUUGUUUGAUUGAGUUGUAAAGAGCAAAAGCAAAGUGUUCUAUAUUUUCAUAUCAUACCGUGCAAGCAAGAACUUGGAAGUCUUUGAGAACUUUGGUUGACAAAUAAUAUCUUCCACCUUUGACCUGUCAUGCUUGUAUCAAAAUAAUGUGAAUUGAAAGGUAAGCAUAAAA